AUGUCCUCGGCAGACCCUUUGCAGUCCUUUGACCGCUUGCUCGACCGCGACGGGACGUUUCGGCAGUCUAGGGGCCGGUUCAACAUCGUCAGGCGGCUGCCUCGCCGCAUUUCGUGCUCCUUUUACUUGGAAGACUGGUUUCAUUCGCUCGUCAACACGCGGAUCCACCGCAUCUUCCUCGUGCUCGUCCUCUUCUACUUGACGGCCUAUUUCGGCUUUGCGUUCGCCUUUUCGUUGGUCGACGACGUCUGCCUGCCCGACUAUUACAGCGACCACCCCGGCGACGGCGUCAAGCGGUUCGUGCGAAGCCUCUACUUUUCGCUCGAGACGAUGAUGGCCAUCGGGCACCGUGCCUCAUGCAGACGCUCUGCCAUGUACGGCUCCAAGGACCCUGCGGCGGGAGGCUGCAUCCUCAUGUGGGCUCUCGUCACCGCCGCGAGCUUGUGCGGCGUCUUCGCGCAAUCCUUCCUGUUCGGGAUCGUCUUUGUGAGACUCUCGCGCGCCGACGCCCGCGCGUCGACGGUCGCCUUUUCCUCGUGCGCCAUCGUGCGAGCGGCGCACGGUGCCCUCUUCCUCGCCUUCCGAGUCGCGGAGAUGCGGAAGCGGCACCACCUGCUCGGUGUGCGGGCGCGGGCAUACGCCUUUGUCGACAUCGGGGACGGCACCGAGUGCUUUCCGCUGCCGCUCGAGGCACCCGCCCCUUCGGGCGACCUCCUCCUCGCCACGCCCGCGCUCAUCGUCCAUCGGCUCGAUGACCUCUCCCCGCUCGUCCCGCCGCACCCCUCCGCCAAGCCGGCGGCGCGGGCAGUGGCGCCGCCGCCGCCGCCGCCGCCGCGGCUCCACCCGGUGCGGCUCGUGUGCGGCCUGAUGUCGGUGGCGGGGUCGGUGGCCGGGGAGGAGGAGGGGCGGACGGCGCAUCUCCGCAGUCGGAUGGAGCAGAUCCGCGAGCACAUGCGGGCGCAGAGCGUGGAGGCGAGGCACUCGUACACCGCCCACGACAUCGCGUGGGACUCGACCUUCGCGCCGUGUACGCGCCGGGUCGGCGCCUCCUCGGACGGCGGCCCCGGCCUCUCGGUUGACUUUCUUGCGCUGCACGCCACCCUGCCUCUCGUGCCGGGGCUCGAGCUUCCUCCCGACGCGGAGCUCUUCCGACUGGCGCAGCCCGGCGAGCGAGCGUCCCCCAUUGGCGCCCCGCCGCCGCUGCCGGCGAGGACGGCGGCGGAGACGCGCCGGCCGACGGCUUUGGCGUGA